AGUGAUUACUGUUAAGGUUCAUGGGUAUAUCCGUAAAUAGUAAAUUUGAAAAUUUUAAUAGAUAUAUUAUAAAUAACGUGAUAACUCAAGGUAUCUUGUGAAAAAAAAAAUAAUAAAAAAAAAUAAAAAAAAAAAACCACAGAAAGGUACUACAUUUAUAUCGUGGGCUUUAGUCAUCAUUUACAGUAUUGGGCUUCUGUGAUUAAUGAGCCCAUCACAAGCCCAAGCCCAUUACGACACAAGUAUCAAUUCGGUCUAACCUCUAAUGGAGGUUGAAGAACAACAGCAACCAUUACUCUCCAUUUUAGGUACCUUUUCUUGUUCUUUUCUUUUGUAAUUUUAUAUUUUCAUGGUUUUCCUUGCAUAUAGUCGGAUUUCAUUUUCUUGGAAAAAAUUGUUUAUUUUGUUGAUAGUACAAUACGAAAUUGUAGUUCUAAUUUUAGGUUUCUGGGUUUGUGACUGUUGUUUAAAAGUUUGUAACUUUAUGUUUAGUUGGAUACUGGUCUAAUCCACCCAAAAAAAAAAAAAAAAAAAAAAAAAAAAAAAAAAAAAGAGGAGAAAUUAGGGAACUAUUGGGAAUUUAAUAUAAAUGAAUUUGAUCAUGUAAUUGGGUAAUGAUAAUAAGUUAAUAACCUUUAAAGUAGAGUUUGGUAUAUCUGAAAUGUUACUUAGUCAUUUCUUGAUUUCUAGUUUCAGGGUAUUUCUGUUUUGGUGUCUGUUAAAUGACUACUCUGAUCAUGAGCUACAAUUUGUGUCUGAUAAAACUACUUUUGGUCAAUCACACUUGAUUUCAGCAUAUGCCUACUACAGGUAUUUGAAGAUAAUAAAGACUACUGCCCCUUUUUUUGGCCGAUGUCUGGUCAAGAAAUUUCGAUUGUAAGCUGUCACCUUUGUACUAGCAUAUUGAACUUGUUUCGAUAUGUAAGUCAUCUGUGAAAUGAUAAAACUCAACCGACAUUAUUUGUAUUUGGAAUUUACAAGGAUCAUAGAUCCGUAGAUUAACAUCCAUGCUGCUAAAUGUAUCAGACAUCCAUAAAGCAUGUGAACUGUUGUGUGUGAAUAUUUUCUAUCUUGAUUUGUGGAAAUUCAGCUUUUUUUGCUUGCCACAAAAUGCUAGCACUCUAUAGAGUAAAUCGAAGAUUAAAAAUUGUUGGUGCAUUCGUUUGCAUUGCAAAUGUUGAACUUUAGUUUCCUACAUAUUGUUGCUGUUUGCUGAUGGUUAUUCUUUACCAAUUGUCAGAAAACUAGAUUUAAUUUGCAGAGAAUGCAGGAUACCAACUGGAUUUUGGAGUCACCACUUUUCUCCUCUCCUUUUAUUUUUCCUCUUCUGUAACGUUCAGUUGGCACAAUAUCAUUAGCGAUUUGAUUAUAAGCUGGCUGCAUUUUUCUAAUAUGAUGAUGUUUACAGCUUCCUAAUAUUUCAAUUAGUGAAGUAGUAUAAAUUCUAUGUUUUGGCAGGAUCAGCAUACGAAUCAGCAAUUGAUGACAUUAGAGCGACUUAUCCUAUGGAGGAUGCAGCUUGCACUCUAUGUUUCUUUGUUUUCAUUUUGGUUGGUCUAGGAAUUGGAUGGCUGGCAUGAACUCGAUCAUUGCCUGUUGAACUUUUUCGCCAAAUGUACUGCAUAUUAAUGCAUCUGUCAAGGCACACCCAUGGAUACUUGAUGGCAGUGGACCAACAAAAAGCCACUAAAUUAAUGAGUUGGUUCAGUACUCUAUGGAAUCUGUGUUCUUCACUUGAAUACUUAGUAUCUAUCUGUUCUCUUCACCUUAGUUACACUUAUUUCAUGUCUAAUAAGUUUAAAUGCGAUAAGGUCUAAUAAGUUCAUAUAUAUGAGUAUUAGAUAAGGUCUAAUAAGUAUAGAAUCUUUAGAUACAAUAAGGUAAGAGUUGAUGAGUUCAGAUAAUAGAAGGACUGUUAAAUUCAAAUACUAUAAGAGGUAAUAAGCUCCAAUCUAAAGUAGUAUUCUCUAGUGCCUUUUGAAGAAGCUUGCAGAAUUUCUUAAGCUCUUUCUGUGUCUUUUUCUGAAAUUUCUAGUCAGAACUCGAAAAUAUGAUCUCUUCUACUUACAUGGAAUGUGUAAAAUUUGUUACUUAGUUGUUAGUUGAAAGGGAAACUUUUUUAUCUGAAUGCCAGUUACUAUAUCUAGUUUAGAUCCUCACAGUUUCCCUUGUGCCGUCUUUCUGUAUUAUGUUUUGCUGCAUUAGUGUUAUAUAGUUUAAAGAGUGUGCUUUCCGUGAGUCCUAAUGUCGUUCUCCCUAUACGAAAUCUUCUUAUCUUCUCAUACAAGUGGAGUGUCUUCCCAGAUUAUGGUUUGCUUUAGGUAUUAUCAUUUUCCUAAAUUUAUUUUCAAGGCUGUCUUUCAAAUGGCUUUGGUCCCUGUGUCCCUGACACCCGUGACAUGAGGUCACAAACUUCCUCAGUUCCUUGAUAUAACAGCAUUAGGCUUAUACAUGGUGUUGGCACCGUCUUGUACUCUUAGUAUUCAGUCACUCGAGCCAGAUCAUUUAGCUCCCCUUCUGUGACGGGCAUCCAUUCUCAUGUGUCUUCUGAUAUGGCUUCACUGAGGUCAUGUUUUUUUAGCUGCCUUGAUGAAAAGUUACUGAAUGGGAAGAUAGUACUCCAUAGUUUGUAGCAAUACAGAUGGAUCCUGAAUUAGAAGGCUCGAAAUCUGGUGCACUUGGUGUCAUGGCGCGAGCUGCUCUUGAAGAUAUGUACAAUUCAUCUUAAUGUUUCAUGGUCAAUCAAUUUUUGCUGAUUUAGAGGUGGUAUCAAUUUAUGGAUUAUUCAAUAUAAUCACACGCAACUAGAGCAAUAUACAAACAUAUAACCAACUAAUGACUUUGUAAAAAUAAUUAGUGAUAUAGGUAAUAUACGGAGUAUAUAUCUUGGAUUGUUUAUUUUUAAUUCAGAAGAAAGAACAAAUUAGACCAUUUCUCCCAAGUUAAUUACUGUAUUUUCAUAGCAAACUUGUAAAAUAAAAUAAAGCUAGUGUUAUCUACUUAGAUAAGACUGAGAGCACGUCAAUAGGCACUUCUAUCCCACUUUCAGUAACAAUCGUGUGCACAAGUUAAUAACAAAUAAAAAGUCCACUUCAUAUUUUGAAUCAAGUUUAAGGCUCUUAAUUUUGCUAUAUAUACUCAAAGAUUUCAUUGUUUUUCUCCACACUACAAUACAUAAUAGCAAUUCUAGUAGUAAAACUUUUCUAAGUAGCAAGUUAUGGCAAGAGCAAAAUCAUCGACAAUGGCGCUAGCCCUUGGGCUACUAGUGAUGACCCUUGUUGGGGAGUGCUAUGGCCAAUGUGGUGACAAUUUCAAGGUUGGUUACUACGAUGGCAAGUGUGGCAAAGUCAAUGUUGAGGCCAUUGUUUUCCAAGUCGUCAAGAAGCAUUUCAAUGAAGACAAAGAUACCAUUGCUGAUCUUAUUCGCUUGCAAUUUCAUGAUUGCUUCGUUAGGGGAUGUGACGCCUCAAUUUUACUAGAAGGUGAAGACACAGAGAAAACUGCACGUAACAACCUUAGUGUUGAUGGUUAUGAUAUCAUUGAAGAUGCUAAAGUUGCCCUUGAUAAAUACUGCCCUGGCGUUGUCUCUUGUGCUGAUAUUAUCGUCCUAGCAGCAAGAGCUGCUACGUACUUGGGUGGAGCAGAAUGGUACGCAGUCGAAACAGGAAGAAAAGACGGUCGCACAUCACUAGCAAGUGAUGCCAAGCAGCUUCCAAGACGCGAUAUUCCAAUCCCUGCUGCUGUCGAUUUGUUUGCCAGUUUUGGAUUAGACACACACGAUUUCGUUUAUCUUUUAGGUUGUCAUACUGUUGGAACUGCACACUGUGAAAACAUCGAAGACCGUCUAUACAACUUCAAUGGGGGAGCAGACCCUACCAUGAACUCUGAUUUGGCCUCUUCUCUAAAAAUGAAAUGUCCUCGCAACGCUAACUCGACCGAGGAAGCAUUCCUUGACCAAACUUAUGGUAGCGAAUUCGUACUAGACAAUGCUUACUUCAAGAGAAUAAUAGAAGGCAAGGGAAUUCUUAAAGUUGAUCAAGAAUUGGCUCUGGAUCCUUUGACUAAGGACAUUGUCAUCCAAACGGCUGCCGACGAGACGAUUUUUAGAACUAGAAUUGGUCCAUCUAUGCGCAAAAUGGGUUUAAUUGGAGUUCUUACCGAAGGAGAAGUUAGAAUUGGAACUUGCAAGAAGGUUCGCUAAGGAGUUUUGUUCAUCACAAAUUGGCUAAUUGCCUAAAGUGUCACUAAUUAUAUUAACAAUCAUUUGAUUGAUACCUUAAUUACUUCAUUAUUAUUGCAUGUUAAUGAGGGUUUGUUGUAUUUGUUCAAGUUUAAUUUCUUUUGAUGUAAUGUUAUGUUUCUCCCAUGUUGGGAAUUAUUGGUGUCUCCUAGGUAUUAGGGGAUUAAGUUAUUAUGGUAUGUAAUUGUAUUUCAAAAACUGAUUCGAAUCACGUCUAUUAUUUGAUCGAGUUAACAAGUUCUUUGAA